UUGCUGUAGGAGAGUGUGAAGAUCAUCCCUUUCGGUUGCGUAGAGAAUCAGACAGACACAUAAAUGCAGUAUCUAAACGUAAAAGAAGAUUGCAAAGCCAUGGCUUUCUGUGCGAAAAUGAGGAGCACAAAGAAGAACGAAGCCAACCUGGAAGCUCAGCAUCAGGGUUUAGAAAUACUUUUCUACCUGCAAGAUAAAAACCCUCUUUGUUACACCAGUGGCGAGUUCACUGCGGAGGAGCUGUGCAUUGAAGCUGCCCAGAAGUGCUCAAUAUCUCCUCUAUGCCAUAAUCUCUUUGCGCUGUAUGAGGAAAGGAAAAGGCUCUGGUAUGCACCAAACCAGGUCUUUAAGAUAGAUGAAAAAACAUCGCACCGGCUCCAUUACCGAAUGAGAUACUACUUCACAAACUGGCACGGGACCAGUGAAAACGAGCCCUCAGUGUGGAGGCAUUCGCUAAGGAAGGCCAAGAACUCCGACGAGAAGAAGCUGGCGCCAGAAGGGACCCCAAUACUGGAUGCCUACUCACUAGAGUACAUCUUCGCGCAGGGUCAGUAUGACUUAGUGAAAGGUCUGGCACCAAUCCGUGAUCCUAAAAAUGAUCAAGAGGUUCAUGAAAUUGAAAACGAGUGCCUGGGGAUGGCUGUCCUUGCCAUCUCUCACUAUGCCAUCAAGAAGGAUGUGAAGCUUCCGGAGCUUCCCAAAGAUAUCAGUUACAAGCAUUACAUUCCUGAAACUUUGAACAAGACUAUCAGACAGAGGAAUUUCUUAACCAGGAUUCGGAUAAAUAAUGUUUUCAAGCAUUUCCUUAAAGAGUUCAACAACAAAACCAUUUGUGACAGUAACGUGUCUCCGCGUGACCUGAAAGUGAAAUACUUAUCAACGAUGGAGACCUUGACUAAACAUUAUGGAGCAGAGAUUUUUGAGACUUCGUUUUUGCUGAUUUCAUCUGAGAAUGAAGUAAACAGAAUUAAUUGCGGAGACAAUGAGAUCCUCCCGCUCUAUGAAGUCAUUGUAACGGGAAACAAUGGAAUUCAAUGGAGGCUCAAGCCAAAUGCUGUACAGACAGAGAAAGAGAAGAAGAAAAAAACUGAUGUCAAAAACAAAAAGGAUGAAGAAAAACACAAAAUUCGAGACCUGUGGAACAAUUUUUCCUAUUUUCCUGAAAUCACCCACAUUGUCAUCAAGGAGUCUACAGUUUGCAUUAACAAGCAGGAUAACAAAAGGAUG